AUGCCUGCCGUCAGGGGAGAUGGAAUGCGAGGACUUGCAGUCUUCAUAUCAGACAUAAGAAACUGUAAAAGUAAAGAAGCGGAAAUAAAGAGGAUUAAUAAGGAACUGGCGAAUAUAAGAAGCAAGUUUAAAGGCGAUAAAACACUUGAUGGCUACCAGAAAAAAAAAUAUGUAUGUAAACUUCUAUUUAUCUUUUUAUUGGGUCAUGAUAUCGACUUUGGUCAUAUGGAAGCAGUCAACUUACUUUCAUCUAACAAGUAUUCUGAAAAACAGAUAGGUUAUCUAUUCAUAUCAGUGCUGGUCAAUACUAAUAGUGAUCUAAUUAAACUUAUCAUCCAAAGCAUUAAAAAUGACCUGCAAUCGCGUAAUCCUAUACAUGUCAACUUGGCUCUGCAAUGCAUUGCAAAUAUUGGCAGUAAAGAUAUGGCAGAAGCAUUUGGAACAGAAAUUCCUAAGCUACUUGUGUCUGGUGAUACUAUGGACGUAGUCAAGCAAUCUGCUGCCCUUUGUCUCCUCCGUCUUUUUCGGAAGUCACCAGAAAUUAUUCCUACAGGUGAAUGGACUUCUCGUAUCAUACAUCUCUUGAAUGAUCCCCAUAUGGGUGUUGUGACUGCAGCUACAUCUCUAAUUGAUGCACUUGUUAAAAAAAAUCCAGAUGAGUAUAAAGGUUGUGUAACCUUAGCUGUUGCAAGACUUAGUAGGAUUGUGACAGCAAGUUACACAGAUUUACAAGAUUAUACUUACUAUUUUGUACCAGCCCCUUGGCUCUCUGUCAAAUUGCUGAGACUGCUGCAGAAUUACACUCCACCCUCUGAAGAGCCUGGUGUAAGGGGCCGUCUAUCAGAAUGUUUGGAAACAAUUUUUAAUAAGGCUCAGGAACCACCAAAAUCCAAGAAGGUACAACAUUCUAAUGCUAAGAAUGCAGUGUUGUUUGAGGCCAUAAGCUUGAUCAUACACAAUGAUAGUGAACCUAACUUGUUGGUGAGAGCCUGUAACCAGCUUGGCCAGUUUCUUAGCAAUCGUGAAACUAAUCUCCGUUAUUUAGCUCUUGAGUCAAUGUGUCAUCUUGCUACUUCAGAAUUUUCUCAUGAGGCUGUUAAAAAACAUCAAGAAGUUGUUAUUCUUUCUAUGAAAAUGGAAAAAGAUGUAUCAGUUCGACAGCAGGCUGUUGACUUGCUCUAUGCCAUGUGUGAUAAAACUAAUGCUGAAGAAAUUGUUCAAGAAAUGUUGGCUUACUUAGAAACAGCUGAUUACUCUAUCAGAGAAGAAAUGGUCUUAAAAGUAGCUAUAUUGGCUGAAAGGUAUGCAACAGAUUUUACCUGGUAUGUGGAUGUCAUUCUGAAUCUUAUUAGAAUCGCUGGAGAUUAUGUGUCAGAGGAAGUUUGGUACAGAGUAAUACAAAUUGUUAUCAAUAGAGAAGAAGUUCAAGGUUAUGCAGCAAAAACUGUCUUUGAGGCUCUACAGGCUCCAACCUGUCAUGAAAAUAUGGUUAAAGUUGGUGGAUACAUCCUGGGAGAGUUUGGCAACUUGAUAGCAGGAGAUACAAGAUCUUCACCACAGGUUCAAUUUGAAUUACUUCAUUCAAAAUACCAUUUAUGCUCAGCAGCUACCCGGGCACUCUUGUUAUCAACAUACAUUAAACUUGUUAACCUGUUCCCAGAAAUAAAAAAUCGUGUGCAGGAAGUUUUCCGUGCUGACUCAAACCUUCGGUCUUCUGAUGUAGAGUUACAGCAAAGGGCCUCUGAAUAUCUACAAUUAAGUAUUGUUGCGAGUUCUGAUGUGUUGGCUACGGUUUUGGAAGAAAUGCCUGCAUUCCCUGAACGAGAGUCCUCUAUCCUGGCUGUGUUAAAAAAGAAAAAGCCUGGUCGAAUCCCAGAUGACGUUAGAGAGUCAAAAAGUCCACAACCUACAGCCAUACCAGCACCAGUAAUUAAUACCACAAAUAAUAAUACAAAUAGCUCAAGUGCAGAUUUACUUGGAUUGUCUACACCCCCUGGAACCACGGCACCACCCACAGGCAAUGGGCUACUUGAUGUACUUGGAGAUCUGUAUACAGCCCCGAAAGUAAGUCCUAGCACAGUACAACAAAAUAAUAUUAAAAAGUUCUUAUUUAAAAAUAAUGGUGUUCUCUUUGAAAAUGACUUAAUUCAAAUAGGCGUAAAAAGUGAAUUCAGGCAGAACUUGGGUAGAAUUGGUUUAUUCUAUGGGAACAAGACACAAUUCCCUAUUCAGAAUGUUCGCCCUGAAUUACACUGGACAGAUUUACAUAAAUUAAAUGUUCAAAUGAAACCAAUGGAGCCAAUAUUAGAAGCAGGUGCUCAGAUUCAGCAAAUGCUAACUGCUGAAUGCAUUGAAGAUUAUACUGAUGUUCCAAGUAUGUCAGUUUCAUUUGUGUAUAAUAAUGUACCUCAAAAAAUUACAAUGAAACUGCCAUUAACUUUGAAUAAAUUUUUUGAACCCACUGAAAUGAAUGGUGAGUCAUUCUUUGCAAGAUGGAAAAAUUUAGGAGGUGAACAACAAAGAGCACAAAAAAUCUUUAAAGCGCAAGGUUCUAUUGAUUUACCUGCUACUCAUACCAAAUUAGCUGGAUUUGGAAUGCAAUUGCUUGAUGGUAUUGAUCCCAAUCCUGAUAACUUUGUUUGUGCUGGUAUUGUGCACACUAGAAUCCAGCAAGUAGGAUGUCUUAUGAGAUUGGAACCAAAUAAACAAGCUCAAAUGUAUAGACUGACAGUAAGAUCAAGCAAGGAAACAGUCUCUCAUGAAAUUUGUAAUCUGCUAGCAGAUCAAUUUUAA